AUGUGUGAUGAAAGCGAACCAUUUAUUGGGGGUCGUCCGAUCUCGGAGAUGAAAGUGGUGGAGCUAAAAGAAGAGUUGGGAAAGCGAGGAUUAUCUAAAAUCGGCAACAAGAACGCUCUUUAUGAACGACUCAAGGAGUACUUGUUGACAGAGGUAAAUGCAAAAUGUGAGAGCGAGGUGCAAUCAACAGCCGUAGAAAGUCCACAAAGGGAUUUGACUUCACCACCCAAUCCACUUGUUGCGGAAUAUUUAGCCAAACAACAGACUGCUUUACGUGAAGCACGUAAAGAUGCAGAAGCAGUUCGCAGAGUUUCUUCUGGAGAUGAUUCAUCACCAAUACGCGAGAAAUCGAUUUCAGCUAUGCGUCGUUCUCGACGUGGACGUAGUACAGCAACUGUUGUUGAGAAACCUGCAGAAUCCGUAGUAACUAGCGAAACUGAACAGGAUCCGAUGGAAGCGGAUAGUUUCCAGGAGGGUGUGGAAGUGCAGCCGAAAAUCCAUAACAUUGAAGAAACUGAAAAUGACGGCGGUGCUUCAUUUGAAAUUUUAAAGAAGGAAACAAACGUUAGCGUUGAUUCCGUUUCGACGGCAAUAAAGAUGAAGAUAUCCGAAGAAACCGAACGGACAGAAGCAGAAUAUGAUGAAACGAGACUAAUGAGCGAUCAGCAGUUAGUGGAUGUCGAAGAGAGAUAUCCAGCAGAUACUAAGCAUGUAAGCGAAUUACAAAAGAAACGUGAAGACAAAGAUGAAGAAGAAGACGCUGUGUCGGAUGUGGCUAGCAGUGAUACAGGCACAGCAAGCCAAAGUCGAAGUGAGGCAGCAGAUGAGUCAAAUGCGUCUUGGGAACAGCCCGUAGAUCUGGAAGAAUUAUCAAACCAAGAAGUGAUGGAAGCAGCUGACGAUGCAUCAGAAGAGAAGAUUUUAGAACGCACAAAGAGGACUUCAACAAUGCAAACAAAAACAACUCUUACUCAAGAGAAGAAACGUCGUUGGAAACCAUCUGAAGCAGCGCAUUCUGCAAACAGUGUCGUCACUGUUUCAGUCACAAAACAUAAGGAAGAAGAAAUCGAAAUAGAUGAGCAGGAGGAUAUUCCUGAUACCCAUGCUUCUGCCAUAUCCGAUUUCAAAGAAGAGUUAUCCGACACAAAAGAUAAAAUGGAAGAGCUAGAUUACGAAGAACCAGUGCAAAGUUCAGUUGCCGAAGUAGCUGAAGAAGUUAAAGCUGCUGUGGAAGUGUCUGAAAGACGCAAAGAGAGAACAUUUGAAAGGGAUGACAAGUACACGAAACGCUCAGGGAUAUCAUAUGUAUCUAAGCGUUCACCGACUCCGGAUAAACAACUAGAGAGCCACACAACAGUGGAUGGCUUCGUGCGUGAACGAAGAGUAUCACCAGCGCGAUAUCCAGUUAAUCAGGUGAUAAUGAUAAGACAACUUACUCGCCCCUAUACUGUUAAACAAUUGCAGCAGCUACUUUCAACAUUCGGCACAAUAGUUGAAGGAGGUUUUUGGAUCGAUAAUAUCAAAUCCACAUGCAUUGCAAAAUACUCAACUGUGGAAGAAGCUAUUGUGGCUCGGGGACGUCUUCAUAAUGUUAUAUGGCCACCAUGCAGUCCAAAAACUUUGAAAAUAGACUAUUCGGAUGAUGCGAAUCUUGCCAAGCAUCUUGUUGCUGAUCAAUCACAAAAUGAUGAAAUAAUAAAACCAAACACAGAAACAGCAAAAUCACCUUCUGGAAGCUCAGCUCCGACUCUGCGUGUAUCAUUAUCUGUUGAUGAAAAACGGCAUGUACUGCCAACCAGUCAGGAUGAGUUAGCAAAGGAUUUGGAUAAAAGAGAAGGACGCGGACAUGUACAUCGAGGACGAAAGCGCUCGGCUUCACCAUUAGGACAUUCGGAGGCAAAACGGACGCGCGAACAGAGAUCUCCAUGGAAGGAUGAACGUCGUCGUACUACUGCUUCACCUGACUUAAAACCGAACGAUCCGGAGAAGCGUAUUAAAACGGCGGACGAAUUAUUUUUGAAGACAAAAACUCAGCCGGCUGUGUAUUAUCUACCACUCACUGAAGAACAGAUUAUUGAACGCAACAAGCGGAAAGCUAUAGAAGCGGAACUGGCGAAGAAAGUUGCCCAAAAUGGGACCGCAAAGCGAAAGGAGAAGGAUGAGCCAGUGAAAGAAAAAACUAACACAAGUAAACGUGUCGGUGCUAGAUCUUCUCCUUCACGUCGACGCUCACACACCCCACCAUCCCGCCGACGAUCACAUACUCCCGGGGGGCAACGUGAUCGGCGACGUUCCAGAUCCCGAUCACCACGCCGCCGUCGUUAG